AUUGGAGCGGCAACCGCGGCAAAUCUGGUUAACAGAAAACAGGCCUGGCAGCUCGGCUCUGCUUUCUUCGAUUUUCGCAGAUUCGUUAAAUUUCCCUUGUACUGAAAUUUGCCUAUUAUCAGUUCCCAAAAGCUAAAUUAGUCGGGCUUUUCUUCUUUUUACAAACGACGGUUUUUUCCGCGCAUUCCAGGUACGAUCGCUUAAAAUUGGCCCAGAAGAAAACGGCAAAAUAACUUCAACCUGAAGUGGAGAUCGAAGGUUAAAUCGGGUUAGGUGAAGGCAAGCUUCGCAGUAUCCCACUUAACGCAACGCUCAUAGCCAAGAGCCGAAAUACGAAAGUGUAUUCUUUCAGAUAUAACUCGUUUAAACAAUUGUAAAUAAAAAAAAGGAAGAUGCUUCCCGACGGUAUUAAAACAAUGCACGAAGGGAAAAAGUACCUAUUUUAACUUCAGGUAUGGGAGAGAAAGGUGGCAGAUGUGACAUAUACGUCGGGAAGAGGUUCAGGUCCUUCGAGGAGGUGUCAGAGUUCAUAAAGGCCUACGAGGCUGAAAAGAAGCAGAAGUUCUGGAUACGGAGCAGCCGGUCUGUCGAAGCGGUGAGGAAGAUCCUGCGAAGGCCUCUCAACAAGAAGAUCAAAUAUUACGAGUUGCAGUACUCCUGCGUACACGGUGGGAUUGAGUUUAAGACGCGCAGCAAAGGUUUACGAAGAAAGGGGACUUAUAAAAUAGAUUGCCCUGCAAAGAUCAAAAUAAGAGCAACCAUGGAUGGCAAUCAGUUGGAGAUCAAAAGUUUCAUCGAUGAUCAUCAAGGCCAUCUUGAACAAGAGGCAGGACGUUGGUGCAAAAAGCCGAGGUACAGAGUCGGCGUGUCGGCCUCAGAGGUUAAAAAGGUCAAAUCAGUGGGGGAAUCAAAGGACUCAGAUUCAAUGACGGAAAGUGAUGAGGAUACAGACUUUUUAUCUAAGAGUAAAAUACACCCUUUGCUAGAAUCACUCAAACUGGCAAUUGAUGCACAUGGGUCAACUUUAUACGACAACGAUGAACAUCUUAUUGGGAUAUAUUUGACGACGAAGGCUAUGGAAAAGUCAUUGAAUGCUUGGCACGAUGUCAUAUACAUCUGGACGAUACAGGGCUGGCUUAAACAGAACUUCAGUGUGAUCCUUGCAACAAUUAAAGACUCGAACGGUGAUUUUGAAAUAAUCAGUGUAGGGCUUGUAGAAGAAGAAGACAAACUUAGCUUUAGUUGGUUUUUUAAAACAUUUAAAGAAAAUAUUGAUAAUCAUAAUCUGAAGAUAAAAUAUAUUUUCGGAGAAAAACAUCUUGUUGAGACGCAUCUGAAACAACUUUUUCCUCAUACAAUCACCUUUGUGUCGUUGUAUUAUUCUCUGAAACUUUUCGAACGCAUCCUAGACACGGAGUCGUUUUUAACACCCAAAAAAGAACAUUGUAUGAACUAUUUUUGUAAAAUGGCAUAUUCGAGAUCUCUCGAAGAUUAUAAAGGUGUAUAUUCUAGUUUUUGUAAAUCGGCCCCUCAAGGUAUGGUCGAUUAUUUUGAUGAGGAUUGGGGUUCAAACAUACAAGAUUGGACAUUUUUCAAUAUGACCAAUGGUACUCUUGUCGAUGAUUCAAAAACUUCAGAGGCUGUGGAUGCAAGAGUAAAAGAGAUAAUACAAAAAAACACCCCUCUUUUGUCAUUUAUAGAACAAUUGUUCAAAUGGAUCAAUAUUCAAAAAGUUGAAUUUAAAUUUAAAGCCUCAACAUACGUUUUGAAAAAACCAUCGAGCCUCAAUUUAAGAGGGAGCUGUCUUGAUAAAUAUUCUCAACUUUUGACAAAUUACGCUUUUGAUUAUGUCAGUCAUCAAAUAAAUUUGUCGAAAAAUGUAAAUAUUUUGGAAACGGUCGAAGAUAAUCUGUAUAUCACUCAGGAAAAUAUGGUAUUGUAUCCUUCUUCUGUGAAUUCAUGCGAAUGCAGGGAUUGGCGAUCAAUGAUGCUACCGUGUAAGCAUAUAUUUGCUGUGAGAAAAGCCUGCAAAGAGAAUUUUUUUUGUGCUGAUUUAUGUAACGUGCGGUGGACUAAGAGUUACUACAUUGAAAACAGGCUGGAAGUGGAAGAAGUUGAGAAACUGAUCAAAGACAAACUCGUUACGUCGGAUGUAACAACAGAAGAUUCAGAGUAUGAUAAACUUUCUGAAAACACAAGAAGAGCGAUAACAAUAACAGAUAAGAUACUUAAUAUUUUGAGUAGGCAAGCAGGAAAUGAAUUGGAAGAAAAAAUACAAGUUUUAGAGGAAAUUGGAAAUUUAUGGAGUGACGGGCAAAAUGUAAAAGUUACUGCUUUUUCAGCAGGCUCGCCUGAAAAAGACGUCUCCCCUCCUGAAGUACUUCAAACAAAGAAAGUUCAAAAAGUUGUCAAAACAAUUCCUGUUAGUACAAACUCGAACGAAGAAUUACAAAAGGUCAAAUUGCUCAAACAUCCACAAAUGACGAGUAAAAUAAUAAAAAUUGAUCUUAGUCAUUAUGGAAAAGUGAAUGUACCUCUGAAAUUCAGCCUAAAGCCCAAAGCGGAAAAAAUUAGAAUGAUGAUCGAUUGGAUUGUGAAGAAAGGUGAAAACCAAAGUUACGGCGAGAAUGACGUUCUCGAUGUCGCCGAUAUAGAAUCAGACCCAAAAUUAAUACAACACUCAAUUUUGAACGAAACAGUCGAUCUCGAGUUGAUAAAGCCACGACUUUCACCAGACGCGUUUCAACUAUUGUUGACAGUUGUAAAUGCAAAAAGAGAAAACGAAAUCUGGCUCUGCUUCAUCUGCGAAGCCCAGCUUGAAGACAGUUGCGUCCUCUGCGCUUCGUGUCUCCUGUGGUUUCAUUCUAAAUGCGUUGGUAUUGCCAAUCCGCAGAAGCGGAAAGUCUGGUUUUGCUACAACUGCCUCAAAUCUUGCGAUGAAAAAAAAUGAACCUGUUCUACUUAUUUCAGAGAAUUUAUUAUAGUUUUAAUUUUAGAAACAUGUUUUUUUUUUACCAAAAAUUAUACAUAGCCUGCUAUUUUUCGAAGAAAAAUAUAUAUUUAACAGGCAUAACACUAAUUUAUGUGUAACUGCGACUACAAUUAAUGAAAUUGUAUAUAAUUAUUUACAUGUUUCAUCAUAAAAUAUGUUUUUUUUCUUUUAUCAUCACUAUUAA